AUGGGCUCGACCAGCAGUGGCUCUUCACGACCCAGCACCGACGAUUCGCAGGUCGGUCUCCUGAAUGAAAAACACGACUUUUACCCCGACGAAGAGAUAUCUCAAGGCGCUGCUUGGCUGCUGAAGCCUCGCAAGUUCCUCGUCCCUCCAGCCUGCCUUCCUUUCAGGUUCCUCGUCAGAUCAAUAACGCAACUAUUCCACCUCUUCCUACCCAGUUUUAUUCAGCCACGACAUCAGCAUGGACAGCCUAAGACCGACAAGCCUUCUCCGACCGCGUUUCUCGACGGCAUGCGUGGCCUUGCCGCCUUUGUCGUCUUCAUCUGCCAUCUGACGUACGGCACCUUUGAUAUCGGCCACGCGUGGGGCGCAACUCCCGAUGCAGACAGUGAGACUCAGCAUGGAAAUUGGAACAAAGCUUUUCUGCGGCUUCCUGUGGUUCGUUUGCUGUACUCGGGUCCGCCGAUGGUUGCAAUAUUCUUCGUUGUUUCUGGCUACGCCCUCAGCUACAAACCUCUCAAACUGAUGCGGGCACGGCAUACCGAGCAACUGAUGAAUACAAUGAGUUCGUCGGUCUUCCGUCGUGCAUUGCGCUUGUUCCUGCCAUGUUUCGCGUCGACGUUCCUUGUGGCAUGCCUGGCCCAGCUCAGCCUCUACAAGCGCACCGAAACUUUUGCCGCUCAAAUGCGCACCCUCCGCGAAGACCAUUGCUAUACUCAGCCGAAUCCGUGGUUGCAGUUCACCGACUGGAUGCAGCAGAUGCUGAUCUUCGUCAAUGUGUUUGAUUGGUCUCUGUAUGCGGGCUCGGUGGAACUCGAUAGACACUUGUGGACCAUACCGGCUGAGUUUCGCUGCAGCAUGGCCUUGUUCCUGACCCAGAUCAUGGUCGCCAGGAUGUCAACCAGGCUACGAAUCUCCACCCUGACGGCGCUCAUGGUCUGGGGAGUUUCGUGGGACAGAUGGGAGUUGUGGCCAUUCUGGGCCGGCAUGGCCAUCGCAGAGUUGGACAUGAUCCAGACCUCGAGGACGGCGGACCUCACCUGCUUGACUCCUGCGACUCCACCGCAGCAGUCAAGACUCUUCUCAAAGAUAGCCUACUCGGCGACGUUCCUUCUCUCGCUCUUUCUACUGUCUUACCCGGACGCCGCUGGCCACGCCACACCCGGAUUUAUCACGCUCACGCACCUCAUUCCCCCACACUUUACGCAAAUGCACCGCUUUUGGCCCACGGUCGGGGCGAUUCUGAUCGUCUGGUCAACAUGCCGUCUGGGAUUUCUUCGCGAAAAGGUCUUCUGCUGGUCUAUCAUGCAGUAUCUAGGGAAGAUCAGCUUUCCGCUGUACGUCAUGCACGGACCGGUCAUACAUACAUUGGGGUAUUCGGUAAGCGCGCCUUUAAACACACAGAAGGUUCAACCGUGCAUCCGGCCACUCCAAAUGGGCGGAGAUUCACUCAGCACUGCCACCAGCUUCGCUCCGCCCAAGCUUGAAAUUUGGUUAAUUUGCUGA